AAUAAUAAUAAUAAUAAUAAUAAUAAUAAUAAUAAUAAUAAUAAUAAUAAUAAUAAUAAUAAUAAUAAUAAUAAUAAUAAUAAUAAUAAUAAUAAUUUUAUUCAACUUUAUAAAAUAUGUACAUAAUUUACAGAAAUAUUUGAAGUGAGAAAUAUAACAUUAAGAAUUAUGUAAAUCAUAAAAAUAACAAUCACUGUGUCAAUAACGAUUUCGCAAAUACAUUCCUUGCGGCUCAGAUGUGGUCAAUAACUCUUGCAGGCAGUCCAGAAUUUUAAAUUAAGUCAUAAUAAUGAUAAUAAUAAUGGAAACUUUGUUUGUGUUUUUGAAUGUACAAAUGUAAAUCUCGCUACGUAUAGGCAAUUUACAAAUGCUGCUUGAGAUUGGAUUAUUAAAAAGAAAAAAAAAACAAAAACAAAACAAAAGCCAAAAAAAGAAAAUUCAAAAUUGCAUUAAGUCUGGGCUAUCCCAGUUCCUACUUCUACAACAAAAGAUGUAAUAUGUUGCUCUAAUGGCUAUAUUUAUCAUUUUCUUGAUUAUGUAACGUUGCUGCUUUUUGUCGAUGCCAAUGUCAUUCAUUAUGUCUAAGAACGUGGAGCAUAAUAAUACUAAUAACAACAACAUUAACAAUCGAGCGUGAUAUUGUGGUAUUGGAUAAGAUGGAACGCAAGUGUCUGAUUAUUGAUGUUGCUUGUCUAUUUGACACCCGAGUGAAAGACAAAGAGAAAGAGAAAAUUGAGAACUACCAAGACCUGAAGCGGGAGUUGAAACGG